AUGUCCAAUCGGAAGAAAGAUAUUUCCCUCGCCAACGCCUUCACAGCAACAACCCAUAGCCGUCUAACAGCAGCAAUCGACCCAUCGGCCAACAAACUCCCGAAUCCUCUCAACGUUCUUGUUAUCGGUGCCGCAAACCUCCUCCUCGCUGCACGCGCAUCAUCAGAGAAAGAGCUAGCUUCUGUCAUGCAACGCGCUCGCAACCUUGCGCCAUCAGUCCCAGUCACGUGUCUACCAGUCGACAUCACAUCCUCUGAAAGCGUUCGAAACCUUGUGCAGAUUGUGAAAGAAAAGAUUGGCAGACUCGACGUCCUGGUUCUAAAUUCCGGUUAUUCAGGCCCGGUGGUGCUCAAGAUUGACGAAGGGGAUCCGCAAGACUUCAGAGAUGUGUUUGAUGUGAAUGUCAACGGGACUUAUCUAGUUGCACAUCACUUCCUGCCGCUGCUGAGGGAGAGUGGUGGAGCAAAGACGUUCAUUGUUGUGAAUUCUCUUGCGACGAUGAUUACGAGUGGGCACAUCGCGAACACAGCUUACUGUUUAUCGAAACUUGCACAGGCAAGACUGAUGGAGUAUGUUGCUGAGCAGUAUGGAAAUGAGGAAGUGUUCGCAAUUGCAGUGCACCCAGGGGCUGUGUUGACGGAGAUGGCGGAGCAGACAGCGCCAGAGAGCAUAAUGCAAUAUCUUACUGAUGACCCCGGCUUAUGUGGCGCCUUUUGUGUAUGGCUGAGCCAUGAGAAAAGAAUGUGGCUGAACGGCAGGCUUAUCAGUGCCACUUGGGACGUUGACGAACUAUCCGAGAAGAGAAGCCUGAUCGAGAACGAGGACUUGUUAAAGAUCGGGUUCAGGAUCGUUCAUAGUUUAGCCGCUCGGCCGAGCCAAUCUUGA